AUGGCCCAAGAAACCCUCCACCCAGCCUUCACGGACCCCCCAGGCGACGUCGUCGCCGGCAUCAACAUAACCGACUUCAACCUCCUCACUCCAGACAUCUCAUAUGGCCUUCCCUACUACUCAGCCUGUGCCAAACACAUCAAGUCCUACAAUGCGUCCAAAGUAUACAUCGUAGCGUCUAAAUCCCUCUGCGCAAACACCGACAAGCUUGAGAAACUCACCGAAGCCAUUGGGAAGGACGUUGUGGUAGGUGUGAAGAAGGGAAUCACGCCACAUACGCCAUGGUCGGAGAUUCUGCAGAUUACGAAGGAGUGUAGGGAGAAGAGGGUGGAUUGUGUGGUCACGCUGGGGGCGGGGAGUGUGACGGAUGGGUGUAAAUUGGUUGUGUUGGCUCUCGCGAACGAUAUCAGCACCCCGGUAGAGCUCGCUCGAUACUCCGUCGAGAGCAAGGACAAGCCCGAGCAUGUCGUAGAGCCGACAGUGCCACUGAUAACCAUCCCAACCUCAUUAUCCGGUGGCGAGUACUUCUCCCUCGCCGGCGGAACGGAGGACUCAACACACCAUAAGCACGGCUUCUUCCACUCUGGCAUGGGUCCGAGACUCAUAAUUCUUGACCCGGAACUGUGCUUGACAACACCAGAGUACCAUUGGUUAUCCACCGGCUUCCGAAGUUUCGACCACUGCGUUGAAGCACUAUGCUCUCUACAAGCAAAUCCCAGGUCCGACGAGAAAGCCGAAAAAGGCCUGCGGCUGCUUGCACCUAGUCUGCUAAAAUGCAAGAAGGACCCAAACGACAUCGAAGCCAGAAAGCAAUGCCAGCUAGCGGUCGUCUUUGCCAUGGAGUCAGUCCGCACAGGUACUGCAAUGGGCGGAAGCCAUGCCAUAGGUCACCAGUUGGGUCCAUUGGGCGUUCCGCACGGCGUGACGUCUUGUAUCCUGAAUCCUGCCGUGAUGAAGUACAAUAUCAUACACGGCAAGGAUAAGCCUGAGAUCGCCAGGAGACAGGAGAACAUCAAGGAGAUCUUAUGGUCCGAGCCGGAAGUUUCGAAGACGUUCGACCAGGCAGGCAUCGACCGAACGACGGCUGACCUUGGAGAUUUGCUUCAUGUGUAUGUUCGUGGCCUUGGGCUGCCGCGGACGCUGAAGGAGAUGGACAUCUCGUCGGACAGGAUUCCUGGAUUGUCGGAGCGAGCGUUGGCUGACUUUUGGUCGCCUACGAACCCGGUGCCUUUGCUUAAAGCUGAGCAGGUGCAGGAGAUCCUUGAGAUGGUUGCGUAG